AGCUACAGAGUGGACCUAGUCCACUAGAUGCUAAUCAGAUGUGUGCUACAACAUUGUGAGGUGUUCCCAGUUAUAAGUGUCAUUAUUAGGAUUUUUUAAAAUUAGAAAGCCAAUUGAGGCUGUCAGCUGCAUCAUUUUAACCUAUUUCUUCAGAUUAACCGUUGUCUGUAGUGGGGGUCUUGGUGGAUGUGGUGGCACCAGCAUAAUCUAUGUUUCAGGCAUCCAUCAGAAGAGGAAUAUUCUUCAGGGGAUCUGGAAAAAAAGGUAGCAACAAUUACAGAGACAGAUGAGUCUGCAGAUUCAGAAGGUGUAAUUGAUUCUCAUAAACAUAGAGAAGUCCUUUCACGAAGACCCUCUUAUAGAAGAAUACUGAAUGAACUGUCCUCUGAUGUGCCUGGCGUUCCCAAGAUUGAAGAAGAGAAGUCAGAGGAAGGAGGAAGGCCCUCUAACAUCACCACCAUGGCAGUGCCAACUAGCAUAUAUCAGACUAGCACGGGGCAAUACAUUGCUAUAGCCCAAGGUGGAGCAAUCCAGAUUUCUAACCCGGGAUCUGAAGGUGUUCAGGGACUGCAGGCAUUAACAAUGACAAAUUCAGGAGCUCCUCCUCCAAGUGCUACAAUUGUACAGUAUGCAGCGCAGGCAGCUGAUGGCACCCAGCAGUUCUUUGUCCCAGGCAGCCAGGUUGUUGUUCAAGAUGAGGAAACUGAACUUGCCCCAAGUCACAUGGCUGCGGCCACGGGUGACAUGCCAGCUUACCAGAUCAGGGCUCCUGCUACUGCUUUGCCCCAGGGCGUGGUGAUGGCUGCCUCACCGGGAACCUUGCACAGUCCCCAGCAGCUGGCAGAAGAAGCCACUCGCAAACGGGAGCUGAGGCUGAUGAAAAACAGGGAAGCUGCUAAAGAAUGUCGACGUCGAAAGAAAGAAUAUGUAAAAUGUCUGGAGAGCCGUGUUGCAGUGCUGGAAGUUCAGAACAAGAAGCUUAUAGAGGAACUUGAAACCUUGAAAGACAUUUGCUCUCCCAAAGCAGAUUAGUAAAACUAUUUACCUAUGAACUGAUUGCAACAUGUACAGUUGCUUUGCAAGCAAUACAAUAUAUAGCUGGCAAGAAUGAUGGCUUUUUCUCCUUUGUAUCACUCAUCUUACUUUCUGAUCUCUACCAUUCCUAAAACGCCUCACUGUACAUACUCAACUCUUAGCUAUAACUUCAACUUUUUAAAAAGAGAUGAACUGUAAAAAAAUGUAUGUAACAAAUUCUUAAAAUGAAAUAUUUGUAAGACUUGUUCCAGUACUACAUAUUUGCACUUCCCAAUCUCUGUGUCAUGAACAGUGUCCUAUGCAAUAAAAAAUUUUGCAGGUCUUUAA